AUGAAUUCAUCAUAUGAGGAUAUUCGCCGUAAAACAAUUGAAGAGAAUCAAAAAAAGAUGCAGGCUCUCAAUCUUACUAAAAUCUCUCAAUCCCUUUACAAAUCAUCUUCGUCUUCUUCAAAACCAUCAUCGUCUGUGAAGGGUCGUCCGAGGUUUGUACAACCUGGAGAGCUUGAAGUAAACAAGAAGCGCCUACGUUCAACGACAACUCAAAAAUCAUCAAUAGCCUCUCUGCCAAUCCAAACUACAAUAACCCCUACACCAAUCCAAACUACAAUAAUCCCUCCGCCAAUCCAAACUACAAUUGAAGAUAUCGUGGUAGAAAAUGAGACUGAAAAUGUUGUGGUAGGAGAUGAUACUGAAAAUGUUGUGGUAGGAGACGAGACUGAAGAUGUUGUGGUAGAAGAUGGGGCAGAAGAUGUCGUUCGAGUCACUAGUUCUGAGUAUUGGGAUGUAAAUGUUAUUAAUGAGGAGGGUUAUGUUUCAAACACACGUUUAUGUGUGAAAGACUUGGUUGUAAAAUCAGAGCCUGGUGGAACAUGGAUAAUACUUGAAUGGGAUAAGACUCAUCGUGCAGUAGGACCAACAGCUGGUUUGUUAGCAGGGUAUUUGGGAAUAAUUAUUAGAAUGUUUAAAGACUUUCCCAUAAUGUUCGAGAGUUGGAGGGAUAUUCCAUUGGAUAGAAAAACAAAGUUUUAUGAUUCAAAGAUAAAUCGUCAUUUUGUUGCUGAUGAUGGGCAUGACAAAGAUUACAUACUUGCUUCUGCUGCAAAGAAAUGGAAGGAUGGCCGUUGCCAAUUGUUUCAAAGAUUUUAUAGAUGGGAUCUCACUUUAGAGGAAAAUCUUCAAAAUUAUCCAAAAUGCAAAGGCAUUACGGAAAAUGAUUGGGUUGUUUUUGUUCAAUAUAGGCGGAAAGAAAAAACACAGAGAAUAGCAAAACAAAAUGCCGAGAAUAGAGGAAAAUUGAAGACUCCGCAUACACUUGGAUCUAAGUCGCUUGCAAGGAAGCAACAUGAGUUGGAAUCAAGAGAUGGCCGAUCAUACAGUAGAGGAGAAAUGUAUGCAGUUUCUCAUAAAAAGUCUAAUGGGUCUUUUGUCAAUGAAGAUGCAUACAACAAUAAUGAAAAAUUACAAGCUGCAAUUAAGGAUUCCGUGUCUGAAAAUGAGGCAUUUGAGAAAGUAUUUGGAAAAGAACACCAUGGAUAUGUUCGUAGCAUGAGACUUGGAGUUACGACAUCUCAAAUUAAUAGAUCUACGAGAUCAUCAUCUUCUUUUGAAGAAAAUGAAAAAAUAAAGGAAAUGCAAGAAGAAAUUAAUGCACUUAAAGAAAAGAAUUCAAAAAUUGAUGAAUUGAUGGAGGCAAUCGCAUUCUUAAAGCAAAGGGACAAUGCUAGGAAGGAGGAAAUUGAACUCUUAAUGCAAAUGCAAAAUUCUAGUGGAAGACAUGGAUUGGAAUCACCUGUUGAUGGAAGACGUUCUUCUGAGUCUAGCUACCGAAUUACAAAUAAUGGAUCAUCAAGAAGGACAAAUUAG